AGGAAAAACUUUGAAUGGGAGUCCACAGUUUGGUGAACAAAUUGUUAUAGAACAGUAGCUGAUUUACCUUAAUGCUCUCCAGCUGGGGCUUUAUUUUCUGGCAGAAUGUCAGUGCUGAGGACCUGCGUACUGAUUGGAUCCUUCUUUCUGGUGUACUAUUUUGAGACAGAGGGCUUUGUGCUGCAGUUUAACUCAUAUUGCACCUUUGAUACCAUCGAGGACAUGCAGUACCAGCUCAUGUUUGCCUUCAACAAGCAGACACUACUUCAGUAUAACCCCACACUUGGGAAGUUUAUCCCCUUUGUGUAUUAUGGAUAUAAUACUACAGUGAUAUUGAACAACAAUACUGCCUUACUGGAAGACAUAAAACAAAGAGUAAAUACAACAUGUCGAAGAACAAUGAGGGAGUACCAGGAAAAAAUAGUUAAAAGAAGAGCACAACCUUCUGUGGCAGUAAACACUGUUGUUCCUCAAACCACUACAUUCACAACAGCACUGCUAUGCCGUGUGGAUGGAUUUUAUCCACCUGAAGUUUCGCUUUCAUGGCAAAAAAAUGGAGAGAUGAUCAACCAGUCUGUUUACAUAAAACCAAUUAUGCCCAAUGGUGAUUGGACCUAUCAGAUUAGUGCAACGGUGGAGUUCACACCAAGCAGGGGUGACUGUUAUACCUGUUUGGUGAACCAUGUGAGCCUUGCUGCACCAAUAGCCAUACAGUGGAAAGCAGGCAUAAGCAACUAUAAGGCGUACUACAGCAUCGCUGCUACAGUUGUGUUUAUUGUAGGAUUGCUGUUCCUGUUCCUGGGUAUAAUCUUCUGGAAAUCAUCCUUCUCUGGUUUUAUGUAUAUUCCUAUAUAUGGGAACACAGAUGAAUAAAGGGUCUCACCAGUGGUACACUCCAUCUGCUCCACAGAAGCUUCUCAUGCUCAUGGGGAAUGGUUGUUUAAUGGAACCACAAAUUUAUUCUGAUCCCGUCUGAAAUAUAUAGCACCUGUGGAGAGGAAUAUACUUUCUUCCACUGAUGAAAUACUGACAAAACAGUUUAAGAAGAAAUUUGUGACUUCAGCAUUACAGCAGUAAACAGAGACAAGAAUAUCAGACUUAUGAGAUGGAAAAUGUCAUGUUCUAUUUCAUCCACUGCCAUUUAACAACUAGUUUGUGUUCCUGAGUAUGUCACACAGACUAUUUCUGAUGCCAGUAGGCAACACUAGAAACUAAUGCCAGAAUGAAUGUUAACAUUUUAACUGGAAACCUCUUAAAUCUAAGUUCUAGUGUUAGAAUUUUUAUAUUUGGUGAGGUACUUGCUUUAGAGGAAUUUUGCUUUACAACCUAUUGUAUGAGUUAGUCUUUUAAAUGAAAUGCAGCAAAGAUAAUCAAGAUAAAUGCAGUAUUGUGUAAAUAGUGGUUUGAUUCUCACCUUUGAAGGGAAAUUGGCUAGGCUUAAAGUGGCCUGCAAAGGCAGCUAGACUAGCACUUACCUAAUAGCAGAAAUGCAUGCUGCAUUAGACUCAUUUCCAUGGCAAAACACUGUUAUUGAUGUGAUUUCCUGAAUUAAGUGUUGUCUUGCAGAAUUAUUCCAUUGCUUUGUCUUUCUGUCUGUCUCUUUUUUGUAUUAAAUUACGUUUUUUAAUUUAG